CUUCUCUUGCUUCGAUUUGAUCAUUACUACAACGCCACAAAGAAAUGACGGUAUCUUUUUUGACCAUUCAACUCACCUGGCUUCUGAAUUACCUUUUUUGAGCUUUGACUCAAGGAAGCGCAUGUUUACAACAUCAAUUGAUUGUCGUCGGUCAAUGACCGAUUGCGACGAUACGAGGUCUCCUUCACCUGUGAUCUUGAGCUUCAACGCGUCUCCUCCCACAGGCCAUGGCUGGUCCAUUCCAGCCGGACUGCGAUAGGCGCUCGCACGAUGCAAUCCAACCUAAGAUAUCCUCCUCUAAUCUCCAUACGCAAACCACUAAGAUAAAAGGAACGAUGUAUCCCACGGAGCUUUCCAUGAAAGCACCACAAGCAUAUUCUGGUGCAUGUGAUAAUGUAUACCCAAAGAGCAGCACAGGCCCGAAUAACCAAACCUCGAAGAUUACGGUCAAUCAGGGCGCACAAGGGUGGGAGUCCGUUCAUCGUGGUAUAUCGCCGCCUCCAAUCAAACGCACCUUUUCAACUACUUCGGAUUGCGACCGUACCGACAGGACAGCGAAGGAGCAUACUUUACAAUGUCUUCCAGGUAAUCAGAGAGAGGAUGCACUCUUUCAACAGGCAUCAAUGGGUGGCUCCGCUGGCGCUAGUCGUUCCUUGAUGAUAUCUAGUGAUCAUCGGCCCCCUACUGCUUCCAGAUCCCCCGAGAACAGGCAUAAUAUUCAGACCAACGUGGUCACUGGUGCAAAUCGGGCUAAGGCCCUGGUCGAAGAUUCAAAUUCAAAGUUGAUAUCAAGGCGGUCGUCCGGGAAUGCUCACAAAUGCGCUCAGUGCCAGAAGAGUACAGGGACGAGCUACGAUCCUUUCAUCAAAUGUCCCACUUGCCGACGUCGAUUCCAUGAAGGCUGCCGGAAACCAAAUCUUCGCACGCCUGCAGAGAAAGCAUUGUGGCAGUGUUAUGUCUGCGUCAAGAAAGCUCAUCGACUACCUGCACCAUCCAGAGCUAGCCCCAACAGCGCGGCGGAUCGAGCAAGACCGUUCCCAAGUACUCUGGGCUCAGCUGCGGACUACAGCACCCACGAAAGACCACAUCACUACAUUGGAAAUUCAACACCAAUGACACCCAACAAGAAAGUACGUGGCAUGACAACUAUGCAAAAUGAGUCCAAUGUAUUGAAGCCUUUGGGUGGUUUCGACCUUGACAAAAUGGUUGAUGAGUCAACUCUCGUCGAUAAUACAGUGAGUGCAGAACAAGCAGACAUGACCGGUCUCGGACACGGUACUCUAGAAAUUCCCAACACUCCUACGCAAAGGUCCAGCCAGAUACUCAGCCAAGCUCUUAUUCCUGGUCACUUACUGCUUGCAAACGGAUCCAAUAUUACUGGUUCCAUUAGUGGAGGCAAGAGUCCUGGCACCAGCACAGCUCCUAGGGGUUUAAGCCUCCAAGGUGACAGUACAGACUCCCCUUCCAUGAUGCUAUGUCCUGUCUGUAAUCUUCGAAAUAUCCUCAAACAGAAAGGUACCCUAGCCUUGAUGUGUCAUCGAUGCAAGUCAAGGAAGCUGAACUCAAGUCAGCCCGAUUCUGUGCCUAUUAUCCCAGAAACACCGGACUGUGACUCUGAAGCUCCCAAACUGCCAACAUCGACUACAGUCAAUGUAAUCUGCAAUCAACCUACCAGUACCAAAUAUAGCUAUAAGAAGUUAAUAGGGUUGGCCUUGCUCGCGUCGAAAGCACCUGCGUUGACUGCUGCUGAGAUACGGGAUAGUAUUGCAACUAGGUUUCCAGAUACCUAUCGAAAGGGCGUUGACGAGCCAAAGACGUGGGAGAGAAGUGUACAAGCGACCUUGUCCCAAAGCAACGACUUUAUGAAAGUCGCUGUACCAGGUGAACGGACGUCACAAUGGAAAUUCGCCAGUGCAGAUAUAAGAGAUGCAUACAUGAAACAUUUGCCCGAGUUUGCGAUCGCAAAUUGUAAUCCGGCAGGUUCAACAUCCUUAUCAGCACCAGGCAAGAGUCCUCAAGAAUGCAACCGCGAGUCCCAGUCUUACACGGAGUCAACGAACAAAUCAAGUCAGCAUUAUUCGAAGUCACGACGCCAAGAUCAGGUACAAUUUAAGGAUAGGACUCAUAUUCGGAGCAAUGAAGAAGCGGUUCAAGCUUUGCAUUCCAUUGGCUCAUUAUUAGGGCGGAUCCCUCAUACGGAUCAGAUCCACGAUAAUUUGAGAAGGCUUGACCAGGUGAUGUCUUUCCUCAAGCAAGGGCAGCAAAUUCCUACGGAACCUUCCCAAAUACCUGUUGAUACCAGGUCAGAGGUGGAAGAGGCCUUUUCUGACUCGAGCGAGGAGAUGACCCGAGAAGAUAUCAAUAGAAAGAUAGCAGAAACAAGGACAAGGCCGUCAAGGAAAGCCAGAUUCGAUAAACAUCUUAGACGGAAUCACCAUCCUUGCGUGAAAACAGGAGAUAAGGUCUCCCGUUUCCCAUUCACUGGUACGGUCCGACAGGCACAACACAGUGGUUAUGGUCGGCCAAGCAAUCACCGAACACUUGAGGGGAAUUCUGCUAUUCCAUCGGGCUCUGCCUUCAUGCUUCCCGAAAGCCAAUUAGUCGUCCGUGGCGGGUCACGAGUAGAGUUUAUUCAACCUGGAUCUUACGAUAAGCCCUAAAAGUCUUCGCCAGAUUAAUGGUCCCGUCUUACCUUAAGACUACUCCUCAACUUGACGAUUCAUAAAUAUGCAUUGGCGGGUGUUUUCAUCGGAAGAAGCUUUUUAUUGUGCAUUAUACCCAAUUUUCUUGGUACUUUUAGUAUGGUGAUAGGGGAUGCUUCCAGAUUGUGGAAGCGUAUCAUAUUAUUCUCUUGAGAAUUCUAAAGUCGUAGAACACUGGCAUUGAUUCUGGUACUUUGGUGGAUUGGCAUCAGACCUCUCCAGUGCCAACUAUAUCUG